UUUUAGUCAAUUACUUUUUGUUGUGAUAGUAAUAGUCAAUAAUUUUUAAUAACUAAAUAUAGUUUAAUAAAGCGAUGAAUUCAUUGAAAUUAAGCAAAAGUUUGCGACAAAUAUAUCGACGGAAUAAUUGGCAAAAUGUCAACACUUUUCAGACGAUUAUCCGAUGUCAAUCUAAUUCGCCGAAAGUGGCCGCCGAUGGAGCGGAGAGUGCGGCCAAACGCGAGCGCCGACCGGUGGAGACCACCCAAUCAUUUGUGAUGAACCUGUUCUGCGGCGAAGGCAAAGUACAGCAACAGUUCCCAUACCCGCAAGUGCUGUCACCCGAAGACAUACAGACUGUAGAGAUGGUGACGGAGCCGAUGGUCAGGACGUGGAAACCGGAGGACGCGCUGAGAUUUGAGGAGAAUCACGCGUACGACGAGAAACUGUGGACAAUGUUGAAGGAGAUGGGCUCGUUUGGCAUACAAGUGCCCCCAGAGUACGGCGGCAUCGGUUUCAAUAACACACAAACCGGGUUUCUUGCCGAAAUCACCGGCCGUUACGAUCUGAGUCUGGCCGUAACGUUUGCCGCCCAUCAGUCCAUCGGCUAUAAGGGAAUACUACUGUACGGCACCGACGCUCAGAAGCAGAAAUGGCUGCCAGACUUGGCCGCCGGCAAUAGGAUCGCCUGUUUCUGUUUGACCGAACCGUCGGCCGGUUCGGACGCCAGUGGUAUCCAAACGAAAGCCGUCCUCUCAGCCGAUGGCAAACACUAUGUGCUGAACGGCUCGAAGAUCUUUAUAACGAACGGUGGUAUCGCCGAAGUGUUCACAGUAUUCGCCAAAACACCCGUAACGGUGGGCUCAGAGACCAAAGACAAAGUGACAGCGUUUGUGGUGGAAAAGGGUGCGGGACUGACCGCUGGGCCGCCUUACAAAAAGAUGGGAAUCAUGGCCUCAAACACUACCGAAGUAUUCUUCGACAAUGUUAUGGUUCCCGUGGAGAACGUGUUGGGAGAGGUGGGCGGCGGCUUCAAAGUGGCCAUGAAUAUACUGAACAACGGCCGGUUCGGUAUGGGAGGUACACUCGCUGGUUCAAUGCGGACGUGUAUAGCGAAGGCCACAGAACACGCCAACACCCGAACCCAAUUCGGUGACAAACUGUCCACUUUUGGUGACAUACAGGAGAAGAUCGCUCGCAUGUCUCUUAAACAUUACGUCACCGAAUCCAUGACUUAUAUGCUCAGUGGAAUGAUGGACAAGGGAUACGGCGACUAUCAGUUAGAAGCGGCUGUCAGUAAAGUUUACUCAUCAGACGCCGCGUGGUAUGUGUGCGAUGAGGCCAUACAGAUAUUGGGAGGCAUGGGUUAUAUGCGUGAGACAGGGCUCGAGAAGGUGUUGCGGGACUUACGUAUAUUCCGUAUAUUCGAGGGAACCAAUGAUAUCAUGAGACUCUUCGUGGCGCUCACGGGUCUGCAAUACGCCGGCGGACACCUCAAAGAGUUGCAGCGGGCGAUGAAUAGCCCGGUGGCCAACUUGGGGGUCAUACUCGGCGCGGGAACCAAACGGUUCGCCCGCACUGUCGGUCUAUCGUCCGGACCCUCGUUAUCUGAAUACGUGGCGCCAGAGCUCCGCAACAACGCGGCCCUCAUUUCUAAGUCCAUUCAAGACUUCGGCGCAUCGGUUGAACACCUGCUCAUCAAAUACAACAAAAAUAUAAUUCACGAACAGAUGCUUCAGCGACGACUGGCCGACGCGGCCAUUGAUAUCUACGCCUCUGUAGUAGUGCUGAGCCGCGCGUCCAGAGCUCUGGAGAAGAACUUGUCGAGCGCUGGACUCGAGAGGAGGUUUGCAACCCUGCAAUGCAAUGAGGCAUCGGUACGGAUAGCGACAAAUCUGAGUCAACUUCGAGGCACUCAAGACCUGAAGAACUACUCGACAAUGAAAGAGAUCGCCGCAGAGGUGCUCAACAAUGGAGGGGUUGUCCAGAAUCACCCCUUGGGCUGAAGUGCUGGCCAUAGAAUCUAUUGUUAAUGUUAUUAUUGUAAAUGGUUUUCAUCUUACGUUUUAUUUAUUUUUCUGGACAUUAAAUGUUCACAAAUAAAUAAAAUAAUUACCAAUUUUUAAUGAAUUAUUAUUUAUAUAGAAUUAUUUACGAUUUUAUAUUUAACCAGCAAAUGUUACUACAAAAUGAUUAAUUAAUUGUUAAUUAUUAAUAUUAUUUAAAAUCAUGC